UAUCAGAGGGAGUGCGCUGUGAGUUGCUACGGACCUAUAAUGGCAUCUUUGGAAUCUAUCCUGGCUGGCAAGUAUCCGGCCAAAGCCCAUGCGCGUCGGGUGGCUGAAUAUAUCCGCACUCGUGGGCACGGAGAAUCUGGGAUUAUCUAUCUGGAAGCGCAGAAAACUCGGCUGAUCGAAGACAAUGAUGAGCCAGUGCCUUUUAGGCAACGUCGGCCAUUCUUCUAUCUUUCAGGCUGUCUGCUUCCAGAUUCUUCCCUGACAUACGAGAUCAACGCCGACAAGUUGACUCUUUUUAUUCCACCCGUCGAUCCGGAGUCCGUCAUUUGGUCCGGUCUCCCUCUCACUCCAGACGAAGCUCUAAAAUUAUACGAUGUCGAUUGCGUUCUACCUACGACUGAAGUUAAUAGUGUUCUCACCUCUAUUGCCUCAGAUUACGGAGAUGAAGCAGUUGCCUUCGCUAUUGCAGAACAGAUAUCUGAAACAACUAUCUUUCAUGGAUUUUCAGAGACCAAUACUUCUAUUCUGAAGAAGGCCAUUGAAACUGUCCGUGUAGUCAAGGACGAUUAUGAAAUUGCUCUUAUCAGGAAAGCGAACGAUGUCUCUGCAAAGGCACACAUCGCCGCCAUUAAAGCGGCGAAGACGUCAUCGAACGAGCGGGACAUAGAAGCCGCUUUUAUUGCGACUUGUAUUGCCAACGGCUGUCGGGAGCAGGCUUAUCAUCCGGUAGUCGCUGGCGGCGAAAAUGGUGCAACGCUCCAUUAUGUGAGAAACGACCAAGAUCUCUUCGACCCAGUGACGAAGCAGAGGAAAAACAAUAUACUUAUUGAUGCCGGUGGGGAGUAUCGGACUUACUGCUCUGACGUCACGCGAGUAUUUCCUCUAGAUGGGAAGUUCACAGUAGAAGCACGCCAAAUUUAUGAGAUCGUCCUGCAAAUGCAGACAGAUUGCAUUGCGAUCCUAAAGGAGGGGAUACUGUGGGAGGAUGUCCAUUCGCUCGCGCAUCGUAUCGCCAUUAAGGGGCUGUUAAGGUUGGGUAUACUACGUGGUUCAGAAGAGGAGUUGUUUGAGAAAAGAGUCAGUGUGGCCUUUUUCCCCCAUGGUUUAGGGCACUACCUGGGUAUGGACACCCAUGAUACCGGGGGCAACGCAAAUUAUGAAGAUAAGGAUACCAUGUUCAGAUAUCUCCGUGUGAGGGGCCGGCUUCCUGCAAGUUCAGUUAUUACUGUUGAGCCUGGUAUAUAUUUCUGUCGGUUUAUUAUCGAACCAUUCUUGAAUUCACCCGAAUUGAACAAGUAUAUCGAUGCCAAUGUCCUGGAGCGGUAUUGGAGUGUUGGAGGAGUGCGUAUUGAGGAUAACAUCCUCAUUACUAAAGAAGGCUAUGAUAACCUUUCCACCACACCGAAGGCUAUUGAAGAGGUGGAAGCCCUAGCUUCAUAGGAUUUUAGCUGCCUUUGGAACCCCAGACAUGGUUGCCUUCACAGAAGUGGCUUUCGAUGCUCUCUGCACAUUUACUUGCCCAAAGUUCAAGCCCAUUCCUCUUCAGGUGUGGAUCAUGAUGCAGGGAUACUGGUAUCAUUAACGUAUCCGCACUUUAUUUGGAAUAAAUAACUGUUGGCAGCAAAAAUGAAACUUCAU